GCCUGCCCGCCCGCCAUGCUGCUGUGGCGGCGUCUGGCGGGGCUGGGGAGCGGCCGCGCCCCGCGGCGGCUCCGGGCGGCACCGGGACAGGCACAGGCACAGGGACAGGCAGAGGGACAAGGACCGGGGCCAACCGGCGAUGGCGACGGCGCCCUGCGGCCGCUCUACAUGGACGUGCAGGCCACCACCCCGCUGGAUCCCAGAGUCCUGGAUAGCAUGCUCCCAUACCUGACAGCCUACUAUGGCAACCCCCACUCCAGGACCCACGCCUAUGGCUGGGAGAGCGAGGCUGCCAUGGAGAAGGCGAGGAGGCAAGUUGCAGAUUUAAUAGGAGCUGAUUCACGGGAAAUUAUAUUUACCAGUGGUGCAACAGAAUCUAAUAAUAUGGCAAUUAAGGGUGUUGCAAGGUUCUAUAAAUCCAGGAAAAAGCACAUAAUUACUACACAAACAGAGCACAAGUGUGUGUUGGAUUCUUGUCGUUCCUUGGAAACAGAAGGUUUUCGGGUCACGUAUCUACCUGUUAAAAACAAUGGGCUCAUAGAUUUGAAGGAGCUGGAGGCUGCAUUCCAGCCAGACACAAGUUUGGUUUCUGUAAUGACUGUGAAUAAUGAAAUAGGAGUAAAGCAGCCAAUUCACGACAUUGGUGAGAUCUGCCGGGAGCGGAAGGUUUUCUUCCACACAGAUGCUGCACAAGCAAUUGGUAAAAUUCCUAUGGAUGUCAACAACAUGAAAAUUGAUCUGAUGAGCAUCAGUGGCCAUAAAAUUUAUGGGCCAAAAGGGGUCGGUGCUCUGUACGUUCGCCGCCGACCGCGCGUCAGGCUGGAGCCCCUGCAGAGUGGGGGAGGCCAGGAGAGAGGACUGCGCUCUGGGACUGUUCCCACCCCUCUGGCAGUGGGGCUGGGAGCAGCCUGUGAGGUGGCACAGCAGGAGAUGGAGUAUGACCAUAAGCGAGUCUCACAACUGGCAGAACGACUGGUGACCAAAAUAAUGAGUGAAGUUCCUGACGUGGUGAUGAACGGGGACCGGGAGCAUCGCUACCCAGGAUGCAUCAAUUUAUCUUUUGCAUAUGUGGAAGGAGAGAGUCUUCUGAUGGCUCUGAAAGAUGUGGCUCUGUCUUCAGGAAGUGCUUGCACCUCAGCCUCUCUGGAGCCUUCUUAUGUUCUGCGGGCGAUCGGCACAGACGAAGACUUGGCUCACUCGUCUAUAAGGUUUGGCAUUGGUCGUUUCACCACAGAAGAAGAAGUGGAUUAUACAGUGCAGAAGUGCAUACAGCACGUGAAGAGGCUGAGGGAAAUGAGCCCCCUCUGGGAAAUGGUGCAGGAUGGAAUUGACCUCAAAAGCAUUAAGUGGACUCAGCACUGAGAAAACGUCACUAUCCAUGGACUAGAUGUGGAUUAAAAUGUAUUUUUCUGUACAUUCUUGAGCAAAUUAUGCAGCACUUCUGUUUUCUGACACUUGCAGUUUGAUGGGAGAACUGUGUUUUCUGAUCACAAAGUCUAAGAAACCAAAAAUGAAACUAGUCUUUAUCAUGGAGAAAGGCAGGCUGAUCCAACGCCCAUUGCAUGUCCAUUGACACACAGAAGUUUAUCCUAAAAUGCAAUUUAUUUGGAAAUGUAUUUUCUGAGAAGAUUAAAUCAGCAGGUUCCUCUUAGGCCAUUGUAAUCCUGGCACGGGGUUGUUGCUUCUCAGUGUAACUCAUCUCAAGUCGUUGUUGUGUUUGCAGCACAGACCUGGUGCCAGUUUGCUGUGUUUGAGGUGGUGUCCUGCACAGCAGUUGGGCUUUGCCUCUCUUUGUCUUGUACUGCUGUAAGCUCUAGAUAGGAAGAUGCUUGGCAUCUCUAGAGGAAAGGGAUGUCUCAGUGUGGCUAUGUGCCUUCACAGAUAAGUUGUAUGUGCAGUUAAGAACAAUUUUUUUCUGAAAUUGAGUAUUUUUGGCUCUUUUUCCUGGGUUUUAUCUUUUUUUUUGUGUGUGUGUGCAUUAAUCCAAAAGAUCCUUCUGUGUUCCAGAGUUUAUGAUACAAUCAUGAUGCACUUUGCUGUCCCCUCCAUUGUUUUUUUCCCAUGCAAUUUUACCUAAGUAAAGAAAGAAUUCUGACCUGACUGGGGGAGGGGACGGGCAGGAUCUGUCAGCUUCGGUGGCAGCACCAGUUUGGUGGGAGCACCAGUGGUGGAGGUGGUGGGGAGAGCAGACACGGUGCAAUGUCUGAAGUCUGAGUUUUGUGGGGGUUUUGUUGUUUUUUUCUCCCCUUGUCAUGAGUCCUUUGAUGUUACUUGGUUUGCCUGUGGGCCCUUGGCUUCUGUCAGUGCAGGGAGUUGUGCCCAGCUGAGCCUGUAUAUUUUGUCUGGAGAUAAGAACAGGUGGCUUUGGAGUUUCUCUGUCUCACAGACUGUACUGCCUGACUGGAGACUGGCAUGGGAAUCCAUUUCCUGCACGUGCUGGGGGAGGUGUCUGUUAAAAAGGGUUUGAUGAGAUUAAUUCGUAGCAGUGUCUCUCCUUUCUUACCUUUGGUGAUCUUUCCAGUAGGAAACUGAAGCCUGUAUGACAAAGUGCCUUUCUUUCAGUGCAUAAGCAGACAGCUCUCCAAUGAGCUGUGCUGAUGAUGGAUGCUGUGUGAGCUGCUGAAUUUGAUACACCCCAUAGACAGUACCUUCUCUUUGGGAUGGAAUCUACCUCGAGGAUCAACUGUGUCGUGUAAAAGCCAAAGCUGAGUCUCACAAGGUGGAUUGUGUUACAGAAGCUUGUGCAUUUUUUUGUUACUAAGGACAGAUUUAGUUGUUUGUAAUAGAAAGCUAAUCCUCAGUUGUUCUAUUUGAAAUUCUUAGGUUUAGCAGUUUUACUGUUGUAGUGCUGGCACCUUAUAUUUCAUCACAACAUUUUUAAAAUACCGUAUGCAUAAGUAGGUUUUAGCAGUGUUGUAUAGGCUCUGUUUUAUCCUUGGGCCAUACGUAUUUUCUGGAUUAAGCAUGUGAUAACGCUUUCCCAGCAUGUUUCAGAACUGUAUGUUUAUGAAAUUGUUCUUUGUCUUUCAAGAAUGAUAAAAAAUUAUAGGUAAGACUUAAA